UGCAGCGACGCCUCCUUCAUCAUCCCGCUCGGCCUGGCGGCGCCCUACGCCUGGCGCCUGGUGCAGUGCAUACGCGUGUACCUGGACACAGGCGCCCGCCCGCAGCUCUUCAACGCGCUCAAAUACUCAACAGCCUUUCCGGUCAUCCUGCUGUCUGCGGUGAAGUACCAUGUCGCUCACGAGGUGUGGCGCCACACGCUCAAGCCGCUGUGGCUGGGUGCCGCCUUCCUCAACUCCGCCUACUCCUUCUACUGGGAUGUGGAGCGGGACUGGGAGAUCUCCUGGUUUGGCCAGAUGGGCGGCGCGCAGCGCGGCGCGGUGGUGCCGUCGCCGGUGCUGCGCGGGCAGCUGCUGUACCGCCGUCCUUUCUACCUCUACCUCAUGGCCUCCAACCUCGCCCUGCGCCUGGCCUGGACCUACAAGCUGUCGCCCCACCUGCGCGAGCACCACGUCGUGGUCUUCUUCAUCGUGCUGGCAGAGGCCUUUAGGCGCUUCCAGUGGCUGUUUGUGCGGGUGGAGGUUGAGCUGCGCAAGAUCCAGGCCCACCGCCCC